AUGGAUUUUUCGUAUUUAUCGAAUGGUCCUAGUGAAGAUGUCAAAUACAAAAUGAACAAAAACAUCUCAGGUGACGAGGAGUCCGUGGAAAAAUCCUUUUCUGCGAGAAUAUUUGAGAAAGAAGUUAGUGUAACGAAUCGUUCUGCUGAGUAUUAUAAUAAGCCUCUGCAGGUUUCACAUGGGGCACAGAUCAUGGCCAAUGAGUUUGCGAGAGAGAAGGAACAACUUACGCAAAAGAUCGCUUACCUUGAAACAGAGAUUAACGCUAAGGAAAAGGAGAUCGCCAUCCUUCAGCAAACUCUCUCUGGUAGAGACAAAAAGAUUACUGAUCUCAAAGAAAAACUGUCCCAACUACAAAAAAAUGGGCAAAGAAAUAAUUUUGAUUUUGCCGAACAAAUGGCAACAAUGGAUAAAAAGCUACAGGAGGCAAAGAAGAACAUUGCCGAGUUCGAGGCUGGUGUAAUUUUCAAUGUCAUGAAGAAUGAAAUGGAAGCAAAAGAAUCCCAGAGCGAGCCCAAGGCAUUUAAUGGCAAAGAUUACUUUGACCAUCAACCAUCAUGGUUUGAUACCCUAUUAAACAACGGUGGAUAUCUUGAAGUGGAAAACUUUCCAGUAACAGCCAAAGAGAUUCAAGCUAAGAAGAAUGUUAGAUCAAAUUCAAGGCCCACCACUGAGUCAGCUAAAGACAAAGAUUACUUUGACCAUCAACCGUCAUGGUUUGACACUCCAUCAAAGAACGGUGGAUGUCUUAAACUUGAAAACUUUCCAGUGACAGCAAAAGAUCUUGAUGCGAUGAAGAAUUUCCAAUCAAAUUCAAAGCCCUCCACUCCAGCAGCGAAAGGGAGUCCGUAUUCUUUCCAUCGCCCAUUACCUCCUACUCUGGCGAGCAUCGUUCCCAGUGGAUCUCAAAUAGCUUUCGCUCACCAGCAGAUCAAACGACACUCCAUUCCUCAAACUGAACAAGGAUUGCUGAAGAGAACUUUUAACAAGUGGUUCGGAUCAUACUUCUGA